AGCAGGAGCAGGAGCAGGAGCCGGCCCAAUCCGGCACGGGGCCCAUCCCGGCGGUGCCUCUGCGCGCGGCGCCGCCUACGAACACGGCGACUUCUGCGCCGAAGGGGAGGAAGCGGGCCGGCGUCGGGUCUACGGCCGCUUCGGAGGCGAGGGCCAAGAAACAGCGCCGGCUGGCGCCCAAGAAGGUCCCGGAGAAAGCCGGGUGAGUUCUUUUUCCUUUGUUGUUUGAUUCCUUUUCUUUCCUUCCUCUCUGUACUUAUCUUUUCUUGCUUGUUCAACUAGGGCCGCGAUUAAGUUUACCCAGGGAGGCGGCUCUCGGCAGGCUCCUCCCGUCACGUCGCCGCUUCAGCGGCAGAGGAGGGAGCCAACCCCGCAACCUUCGGCACGCGCGCGCACGCCGCCGGCAGCUAACGUGCCGCCUGCGGCCACGCCGCCUUCUGCGGGGGCGUCUUCUUCUGCCGCGCCUGGCGGCGGAGACCAGGGUCAGUCGGCGCGCCAGCCGACCCUAGACGACAUGUUCCCGCGCCGCGCCCCGUUUGUGGAGCAGGCGGCCGGAGCUGGCAGGGGCAUGCCAUCUGCGGCUGGAGCUGGAGCUGGUGGGGCUGCGCCGCCUUCGACCGGAGUCGGCGGGCCCGCGCCCAACGUCGUGGUGCUGGAGAGCUCUCCGGAAGGAGCGCCUCAAGCGCCGGAUGCGACGGCUCCCACCGGGCCGACUGCUUCGACCGCGCCGCCUCCAGCUUCGGAGCCGACGAGGAGGGAGCCGACCGGGAAGGAGCCGGCGAGGGAGGAGCCAGCGCGCUCGAAGGACGCCGACUCCCGGGCGCUGGUGAGGACGAAGGGCCCGCCGGGCCCAACUGAGGGCCUUCAUGUGGCCAAGGGGGCCCGGCUGCUGCAUGUGCCGUCUGCCUCUGACUCCAGCCUUGGCUCGGCUGGAACCAUGGAGGCUGCGUGGCACAAGGCGGAUACUUGCGAGGUGUUCAGCCGGGAGGGACAGCCUGGUGCGGCGCCCAUGAAGGUGGUCUUCUCCGGCUACCGGGCCAGCCUUAAGAACAAGGCCGCCGAGGCCCUUGCCCAGCUAGCAACGCUGGAGGAUGCUGACAAGGCGGUUACGGAGCGACGCACCGUCUUGUACAACAAGGUGGUGACUAGUUACCACAAGGCCAAGAUCGAGCGAGCCGGCUUGGCUCGUGAGCUGGAGGCUGUCAAGGGUGAGGCCUUCUCUCUUUUGACUUGCUUUUCCUGUGAGUUUCUUUUUUACUGACGGCCCAUUUUUGCCGGCUUGCAGCUGAGGCCGCCCGGAUCCCACAGCUGGAGUCGGACCUCCGGGUUGCCCGCGCUCAAUGCGCCACAAGUGAGGAGGCGAACCGGGCUGCUGCCGCCAAGCUGAAGGUGGCUGACGGGGAGCUGAAACGGCUGCGCCUUCUUGAGGCUAACCAUCUCAAGGAACUUGCCGCCCUCAAGAAGGAGCAGGAGGAAAAGCUGGAGGGUCUGAGCAAGCGGUUGGAGGAGGUGGAGCGGCAACGGCUUUCGCUUCAGCAGGAGGUGACCACCAAGUCCAACGAGCUGUCGGCCACCGCCAAGCGGUGGAUGGGGGAACUUAGCGCGCUCGACCGCGGCUUGGCGGCGGCCUUCCCUGAGGCGCAGGAGGAGGCGUUAGCGGCAGUUGGCAGGGCGCGGGAGGAUCGCCGGCAGGCCACUGGGGAGCAGAGCUCCGACUGCUUCACCAUGGACGACUAUCUGGCGUCCAUCGCCGCCCGCGUGGAGCCGGUCACCAAGCUUGGCUGGGAGCUGCGGAAGGCGGCGGAGGAGCUGAUCCGACUGCUGUGGCCGACGGAGACGCUGCCGGAAGAUCUCUCCAAUCUCAUCGCUUGGCUGGAGAGGGCUCCCGACCGCUUCUUGGACUGGAAGGAGUCGGCCACGCGCGCCGGAGCCGAUAUGGCGCUAUCUUUUGUGCUUUCCUGGUAUAACGAGGUUAGCCUCGACCAGCUGGAGUGCCGGCGCGCCGGCGUGGAGGACAAGCUCCCGGCGGAGAACAAGGCUGCUCGGCUUGCCCGCGCCUGCGCCAUUGCCGACUUCGUCGACAAGUCCGUCUUCAUCGCGGACCCGAAUCCGCCGUCUGACGACGAGGAGGAGGAGGCUGAGGACGAAGAGGCGGACGACGUGCCCGAGGAUGACCCGGCAGCCGGCUCCGCUGAUGCCCCUCCGGCUUAGAUUUCCUGCUUUCCAGUUGUUCUUUUGCCAAGACAAUUUAUUAAAUCCCCGGGAUGCCGGGUGCAGAUGUAUGAAUAU